ACUGUCUCCUGCCCCUGUUUCACCUGCCCCACUUUCAACGGCACCAGUGACUGCUGUAACAGAGAUAACAGUGAAGACUGAACCAGAACCAUCUCCAAAGCCAAGCUCCAAUGUUGACACACUCACCGCCUUGUCCGGCACUCUCAUUUCUUUCGACACAAGUUCAACCAGCUUUAAGGAUGAUGAGCCAGUACUGGCAGAGGAAGAGGGGAGCUCAGCGGACAGUCGCACCACAGAGAAUAGUGUUGAACAGGAGCCAGCUCCUGAGCCCAGCAACUGUGUACCAAUGACAGAUGAUCUCCUGGCUCUCUGUGAUGGUCCAGAGGCGCCUGCAGAGCCGGUUCCCCCCAGCCCAGGACGCUGGAGUCAGGAUCUGCUUAGCGGACUAGACAGUGAGUCAAACCCAGCAAAGACCAGUGGCACCCUGGAUCUCCUAGCUAAUGAUGUCAUCAUAAUCAACACAGAUGCACGCAGCCUCAGCAUGCAGCGAGAGGAGGAGAAGCAGACAGAUGAGACAGCCAAAGAAACACAAAGCCCCACAGAGACAGUCACUAAAACCACCAAAACUGUGAUCAUUUCUGACAAAAGCGAGGAGGACAUUGCAGAUCCCUGGAGCUCACGUGCAACAACCACAGUCACUGAAGCAAGCUCGGCUGAUCCGUUUGAUCCAUAUCCGAUAGGGACCACAUCCCCUAACAGCUCCUCUGACCUGCUCCAGCCCCUCUCAGAUAUUCCCAUCAACAGUUCGUCAUAUACUUUCAUGAAGAGCAAAGAUCCAAUUCCAGCAACCACCACUCAGCGGCCAUGGGCACACACAUGGGAAACCAGCACACCUCAGCAGACUAACACAGAUGAGAGCCAAGAAGCUAAACCAGUAGGCCAAUCUGAAGCAGCAGAUCAAAAUAUGGUGGUCAAGUUUGAGAGAAAGUCCACUGAGAAUGACUCCCCGUGGGACAGGUGGACAUCACCCACUGUUUAUACUAUCACUACCAGUACAGGAGAUGAAGAGGAGGAGGAGGGAGAGGAGGAAAGCCCCGAGGAUACACAGACACAGACGGUCACAACCAUCACCACUAUCAGGGAGAUGCACAGUGAGCCAGAGCCUGCUAUGGAUCGUUAUGAAACCUAUUCCAGGGCCGUGGUGGAAGAAGACCAGCGUGUCCAAACACCAGAAUUUGAGGCAAAAAAGCCAUUUGUGUACGUGAAGGAGUAUGUCAAUGCAACAGACCUGUCCUUGCAUAAUGCCAGAGACACGAUCGAUGGCGGGUCAGAUUAUUUGACAUCAAGCUGCACCAGUUACUCGUACAGCAGCCCAUCCACUUACUUCAGUGGCUCACUGGCAUCCACAUGUACAUACUGUGGAGAGCUGGUGGGCGAUGAUGCCAAGAUCUCCAUUGAGCACCUCAAUAUCAACUGCCACCCUGUCUGCUUCAAGUGUGAUGUGUGUAGUAAGCCAAUGGGAGACCUUCUCGACAGCAUGUUCCUACAUGGUGGGAAAGUCAACUGUGAGAGCUGCUACUCCAAAGUCUGAGUGAUUAUUGAAGCUCUUCAGCAGCCUCUUACCCUCGCCCCCUUCCCCUCAUGCUCAUUUGCAUAUAAAGUGAGAACUGGUCUUUCUAAAAGUUUGGACUGUAUCCGGUUUGAACUGAAUGACGUGGUUUAGGGUGAUCAAAGAGGCAUGUUUUAGUGAACUACUUAAUGUUGAUUCUUGCAUUAGGUUAAAUUUCUAAUUUCUUGAACAUUUUAUACAAGCUUGUGUUUUGUUUUUUUCUGGGUGGUAAAAGCUAUAUCUGCCUCAGUAAACUAUGAAGGAAAUGUCUGUAGAGCAACUGUGAACAGACUAAUGGGCAGUGGGGUAUGCUAUUAUAAUUUAGCAACAAAAGUUAUGCAAUAAAAUGACUUUAUUACAAAA